AUGGCGGAUCGCUCAUCCGCCCCCUUGCUCCAGUCCUACCAUGACGACGACAGCGAUGAUUCUCCCGCCUGGGACAGGACAGGCCAGCGCCUCCUCGAGUCCCGUACCAAGCACUUUGUUGUCAUGGGCAUCGUUGCGCUGGAUGUUGCUGCGCUCCUUGCAAAUGUCUUUAUCCAGCUGAUUGCCUGCGAGAUGCAUCAAAACGACGAGCCCUGGGUGGAGCAGCUGACUGAAGGUCUGGAAAUUGCCGGUCUGGUAUUCAGCAGCCUCUUUCUCAUUGAACUUGGGGCAUGUUUAUUUGCUUUUGGCUUGCGCUUCCUUGCCUCUUGGUUUCAUCUCUUUGAUGCCGCCGUCAUUAUUGCCAGCUUCGUCAUAGAUGUAACGUCCAGAGGCUUGACCGAGUCCAUUGGAUCCCUCAUUGUCGUGCUUCGUCUAUGGAGACUGGCCAAGAUAUCCGAAGAAGUGGUGCUGGGCGCUACUGAGAGAAUGGAGGUGCUGGAGAAGCAGUUGGAAGACCUCGAGGCCGAGAAUAGCAGAUUGCGAUCCCAGCUCGGCAUCGAGUUCUCUGACCAUUCAGGCACUGAGUAG